UGCAGUUAGUGCUCAGUCAGGCUGGGUCAGAGGAUAUACAGACUGCUAUAGAGACAGUUCUGGUCGAUCGAGAGCCAGCUUCCCUGUCACGCGAAAAUUACCAACAAAUAGGCAUCUUGGCCGACCAAUUCGCAGGCUUUAAAUAGUCCAAGAAGAUCCAAAAACACAUGUUCCGUCAUGGGCCCAAACUUGUCAACAUGCUUAUAGCAUCCAAAGCCACAUUACGUGUCACUGAGAGGACUCUCCGACACCUUUUCCACUUCAGUGAGACCCUCCAAGAUGUCGAACAAUUUGUCGCGAGCGUGCUGCCGUUUGACAGCCACUUCGUGGCCUCUCAGCCAUUUUGGAGUGCACCAGAACACUACUCGUCUUCCAGGAUGCUCGAGAGGUCUUUCGGUAUACACUAGUAAUGAAUCCGCUGGACUUGUCGACGGUAAUAUCAGAAAGGCCGUUCGAGCGGCUCUGGGCAAUUCUCGUCAUCAGGCGCUGUUCACGGAGCUCCUCUUCAGAUCAAAUGCAGCCUUAAGGGUUUCCAACGACGUGGUUCUUUGGGCCACCCAGGUUUUUGUUCCAGCUGAAUUCGACCUUAUCGAAAUUUUACUUGCUUACGAUUCCACUCCUCGCCAAUUCUCUCUCACGGACCUGGAGAGGAUCCUUACAUCAGGCUGUAGUCGCCAGCAUUUGGCGUCAUUAGUGUCAAGCGACCCCAACCUUAAGCUUGACCAACAUACACUUACCAUGGCCGUACAUGCUGCAUCAUUGAGCGAUGCGGAUGCGAAAAUGCUCCUUGACCGUACAGCACAUAUGACUUUAACCAUGUAAUUGAU